CACAUCCUAGUUCCAUGCCUACUAUUGUGCAAUAUAUUUGGAUAACAUUUAGUUACGUCUUCCCAUAAGUAAAUCAUCACUUUUUUUGUUCGGAAUAUUAUUGGUUCCUACACAAGAAAUAAAGAAAGCUAACGUUUGGUUCAAGAAGUAUGUCGAAGACACCAGAUAAACAAGAGCUGCCACUAGAAACGAGUCCGUACACAAAGUAUGAGGAUAUUGAAGAUUACAAGAAGAACGCUUAUGGAACAUCUGGUCACCAACAGGUUAAGCAUGGCCAAGGUGGUGGCACAACGGACGCACCGACUCUCUCGGGCAGUGCUCCUCCAUCCGCUAUUGAUUCAGCUAACCAACAAGCUAAGAAGUGAAUCACACUCAGUUAUUACAAAACAAAACAAAACAAACAUGUUUCUAUUGCUUCUGUUUUAUUUACUAUCCAAUGGGAUUUAUAUGAUGCCGUGUGAAAAUUAAAUUGUUCUUUUGUUUCUCUCUCAUAAUCCAUUGUUUUUUGUCUAAGUUUUAAUCCAUUGUUAUGAUAUCUCAUCAAAUAGAUGUCUACAAAAAUUUGGCCAUCCUGAGACAAAUUAAACGCAAAAGUAUAAACGUAAGUUUUCCGGAUCUCUUGAUAAAAAUAAUUUGGCAAAUUAUCACUUUCAAAUUUUUUUUGUCACUUUAUCAUUUAAAAGAAAUUGUAUGUGCAACAAAAAAAGUAUUAGUUUGUCAUAAUAUUUUUAAAGGUUUAUUUAUCCUAAACCCCUUACACUAUAAUGUACACAUUUUGAGUUACUUAUUGCAUAACGUAUCUUCCUAACUUCCUAAGCUUGAUGAAUUUUGGAAAAAUAGAUGUUAUAAGCAACAUUUUUAUUUUUUAAAAAGCAACAUUUUAAUUAAGUUCUUGAAUAUAACAAUCAACAAAUUCCUACGGAUACAUAUCAUUCCCAAAUAUAGUUGAGUUCUAAAGAAAGGACAUCAAAAUCUCAAGAAUCAAAUACAUAUGUUAUCUGACCACUGGCUGUUAGCUUUAGGCAUCAAAAUUUCUACUUAAUCAUUAGCAGUUAAUACUUUUAAUUGCAAUUAAAGUCAGUAAAAUAAUAAUUGCAAAAUUAAUAUGCUCAUUCCAUUAGUGAGAUGUCUAGUUACCAACAACAUUAGCUAACUAUUACUACCAUGUCGUCUCCAUAAUUAGAUAUAUACUGAUUUGGGUUUUUACGGGUUUUGGAUAAGUUCCGUCCUUAACCGGAAACAAAUUUCCCGAUAGCUUUUUUUUUGAUCAACACGAAACAUUAGUUACAGGCGUUACAGCCAAUGAAUAGCAAGAUCUCGACCGUUGAUUUGCUAUCCAAGUGAUCUAACUGCUGGGACUCGGUGGCGGUACCGUACCAUCCGGUCAAAGUAAUGCUUCGUCAACGACACCGUGUCAGUAAGAUACUUCCGGAGUGACAGACGGGGGAUCGAAGAGAUUACCUGAAUAACCGGUGGCCAGACAAAGUUUCUUCGUCUCUCUCUGCGAUUUCUCUCUCAAAUAACCAAGUUGUAGGCGAAAAUAAUAGAAAGUUAAAAAAAGUAAUAGUCCAACUACAACUAUUUAUAAGUGAAAUUUUUUAAUACUUGUUUUAAUAUUAUACAUUUUUAACAAAAAUGAUGGAAAUAAAAUUCAAAUCUACUAGAUCAUAUCCCUUUCUACGCAUUCAAGAACAGUGGUACCGCUCUCUUCUUAUUUCUUGUCAAGUUCACUUUGGAAGAUGGAAUUUCACUUUAAUAAGUUCUGGAAUGUCAUGGUACAAGUAAAUAUUGAUCAAAUUUGUCGGUAUGUAUAUUGUUAUGUACAUUUGGUUUUAGUGCACUUCGUUUAUGUGUGUAUGCGCAAUUGUGAUAGUUUAUGAAUUUCUUCAUUAC